AUGACAGACUUGUGGCUGAUUUCUGUCCCACUGGACAAUACCAGUUCAACCAGUAUAGAGAAACUGAAGAGCACCAUUGCCAAAACAAACCUCGCUACCUGCAGCAAGUUCUCUAUUCCAGAGCUCAAGGUGGGAAUUCUGGACAGUCUGCUCACUGUGUCAGAUGAUCUCUCCAAGCUCGACACGCUGACUGAAAGUGUUAUCAAAAAAACAUGUCAGUGUAUGAGGGAGGUGAUGGAGCAGGCUGAGGACAAGGUGCUGGAAAAUUCCUUAGUCAAUGGAGUGGACCUGGUGAGCUAUGUGACAACCUUUCAGUGGGACAAAGCCAAGUAUUCAACAGCUUUGUCCCUCUCUACCCUGACAGAUGUCAUCAACAAGGAAGUUGCUCAGGUGGAGACAGAACUGAAGUCUCAAGCUGCGACAUACAACAGUGUGAAACUAAGCUUGCAAAACCUUGAGCACAAACUAGAGGGGAAUUUGCAGACUCGCAGUCUGGUUGACAUAGUGAAGAAAGAAGACCUGGUGAUCUCCGAGUACCUCACCACUCUACUGGUAGUGGUGCCCAGAGUGAACUACUUGCAGUGGGAGGAGACCUAUGAAUCCUUGUCAGAGUUUGUUGUUCCAAGGUCAAGCAGGAAACUGUAUGAGGAUGAAGAGGGGGGAGUUUACUCUGUUACACUUUUCAAAAAAUCUGUGAAUGAGUUCAAAGCCAAAGCUCAGGAGAGCAAGUUCACUGUGCGUGAGUAUAGCUUUGAUCUGGAGGAGCAGAUGCAGGAGGAGAUUAAACGGCUUAGUGGUACCAAAAAGGAACAAUAUGGAGUCUUUGUGCGUUGGCUGAAGCUGCAUUUCAGUGAGGUGUUUAUUACCUGGAUUCACUUGAAAGCACUGAGAGUGUUUGUGGAAUCAGUCCUCAGGUAUGGAUUACCUGUGAACUAUCAAGCUCUGCUGUUGCAGACUAACAGAAAGCGCUCACAGAGACUCAGAAAAGAACUGGCCUCACUCUUCCUGCAUCUGGACCCCACUGCCACUGCCAGCAAGGCAGAUAUCAACUGCGACAUCCCAGGACUCUACCAGCAGGAGUACUUCCCCUACAUCUGCUUUCCAAUCAACACCAACAUGCUGGACAUCAGCUAG